UCCAUGGCACAGUUUCACUUCCUGUUACCAUCCAAAACAGAGCACGGUCAGCCACCGAAGCUAAAUAACAUUCGCCACGUUCGACCAAGCAGCGUGAAUGAGGUGCAAAAACUGAUCACUAACAAUGAUUCCUUACACGGUCAACAUCAAACUCGCAGCCCGGACGUUGACUGGCACUCUCAAUUUGCAGAAUAAAGCCGCAGUAGAUUGGGGCUGGCAGGGGUUGAUAGCUCAGGGAUGUCACUCAAGCAUUCUCAUCAUCGAUCCAAAGACAGCACAGACCAUCCAAGUGCUGGAAAGGCACAGAGCCAAUGUGGUCAAGGUGAAGUGGUCGAGAGAAAAUUACUACCAUAACUUGAGCUCGCCCUACUGUUUGCGGCUGGCCUCAGGAGAUGCCUCAGGGAAAAUCAUAGUGUGGGAUGUUGUUAGUGGCACUGCCCAUUGUGAGAUACAAGAGCACUCCAAACCCAUCCAGGAUUUGGAGUGGCUGUGGAAUCAGGAUGUGUCUCGUGAUCUGUUGUUAGCCAUACAUCCACCCAACUACAUUGUUCUGUGGAAUGGAGACACAGGAACCAAACUGUGGAAGAAGAGUUAUGCUGAGAACAUCCUGUCCUUUUCCUUUGACCCAUUUGACCCCUUCAACAUGGCAUUGCUGACGAGUGAAGGAAUAGUCUUUAUUACAGACUUUUCUCACGCAAAACCACCAGGAAGUACGGGGAAAAAAGUUUACAUUGCCAGCCCCCAUGCAAGCCCCGCCCACACCAAACCUGCACCCACUGCUGCACCAGUUCCUACCGGUGCCAAGAAGGCUCUCAACAAGGUCAAAGUGCUAAUCACCAAUGAAAAACCCACUGCAGAGGCAGUGACGUUAAACGACUGUCUGCAGCUGUCUUACCUGCCUUCCAAAAGGAACCACAUGUUGCUCCUUUAUCCCAGAGAGAUUCUCAUCCUGGACCUAGAGCUCAGCCAAACAGUGGGAGUAGUGGCCAUUGAACGUUCUGGAGUACCCUUCAUCCAGGUAAUCCCCUGUGCCCAGAGAGAUGCUCUAUACUGCCUCCAUGAGAACGGAUGCAUCACCCUGCGAGUGUGCCGCUCCACUACAUCUCCAGAAGAUGCAUCAGGAGUAGCGGACCCAGAACAAAGUACCCAGGAGCUUGUGUAUGACCUCCGCUCUCAGUGCGAUGCUAUCCGUGUUACCAAGACUGUUCGACCAUAUCGCAUGGUUAUCUGCCCUGUCAACGAAAACAAUGUAGCUCUCAUGGUCAGUGACGGUAGAGUCAUGCUAUGGGAGCUCAAAGCCUACACAGGCAGAGCUGCUGUCAACCAAAGUUCAGGGCUGUCACCACUCUACUCCCCAGUGUUCUUUUGUGGAGCACCUCUGGGCCCAUACCAGAAACAUAUUCAGAAUCUCUCUCUCAACAGCAUGAUAGGUCAGACCUUGAUAGCUGGUGAGGCCCCUCUGCCAUCAUCCAACCAGAAAGAAGUCCAGCUUAAAUUCUUGUUAACUGGCCUUGUCUCUGGUUUGCCACUGCCACCAUUUGCCAUCCGCAUGUGUCCACCUCUUACCACCAAAAACAUCAACCACUACCAACCGAUGCUGGCUGUUGGCACCAGUAAUGGGUCUGUACUGGUCUACAACCUUACCAGUGGUCUUCUGCACAAGGAGCUCAGUGUCCACUCUUGUGAAGUCAGGGGUAUUGAGUGGGUGAGUCUCACCAGUUUCCUAUCUUUCGCCACAUCUUCUCCCAACAACAUGGGCCUGGUUCGAAACGAGCUGCAGCAUGUUGAUCUGCCAACGGGCCGGUGCUUUGCAUUCAGAGGAGAAAGAGGAAAUGAUGAGCCACCCAUUGAGAUGAUUAAAGUGUCUCAUCUCAAGCAGUACCUGGUCGUGGUGUUCAGGGAGAAGCCCCUUGAGCUGUGGGACAUCAGGACGGGGACGCUUCUACGAGAGAUGGCUAAGAACUUCCCUACUGUUACAGCUCUGGAAUGGUCCCCAUCACACAACCUAAAAAGUCUAAAGAAGAAACAGAUGGCAGCGAGAGAAGCCAUGGCUCGGCAGACUGUGUCAGAUGCGGAACAAAAUAUUGUUGAGUCCUCAGUUAUCAGUCUGCUGCAGGAUGCAGAGAGCAAGUCUGAGACCAGCCAGGCCAUAUCAGCCAGGGAGCAUUUUGUGUUCACUGACACUGACGGACAGGUCUACCAUAUCACCGUAGAAGGCAACACUGUCAAAGAUGGUGCCCGAAUUCCCCCUGAUGGAAGUAUGGGUAGUAUUGCCUGCAUUGCCUGGAAAGGUGACACAUUGGUGCUUGGCGAUGUGGAUGGAAAUCUCAACUUCUGGGACCUUAAAGCUCGUUUGUCCAGGGGAAUACCGACUCAUCGCGCCUGGGUGAAGAAAAUUCGCUUUGCACCAGGAAAAGGCAACCAGAAACUGCUGGUUAUGUACACAGAUGGAGCAGAGGUCUGGGACACCAAAGAGGUUCAAAUGGUCAGCAGCAUGCGGAUUGGUCGCAAUGUUAACUACCGGGUCCUCGACAUUGACUGGUGCACUUCGGACAAAGUUGUGUUGGCUUCAGACGACGGCUGCGUUCGUGUGCUGGAGAUGGCCAUGAAGUCUGCUAGCUAUCGUAUGGACGAACAAGAUCUAACUGACUCCGUGUGGUGCCCUUAUUUGCUGCUACCACGAGCAGCCCUUACUCUCAAGGCUUUUCUCCUGCUGCAGCCCUGGUCAGGAACCUUCACAAUGGACAUUACACAAGUAGACUACAAUGAAAAAGAUGAGAUCAAGGGCCUAAUUCAGGAGCAACUCAAUUCAUUGUCAAAUGAUAUGAAGAGUGUGCUGCAGGACCCAGAGCUCAGCUUGCUGCAGCGCUGCCUGCUGGUCUCACGGCUGUUUGGGGAUGAGUCUGACCUUCACUUUUGGACUGUGGCUUCACACUACCUCCAGUCAUUUGCCCAGGCUCGUCAGCUCAGUGUAGCCACAGCGGAGGGCCAGGUUCAAAGUGAUUUAUCCCAGCAGUCUCCUCAGAAUCACCUAGACAUCUGCAAUGACGUGCUGUGUGAGAGCUCCUAUUUCCAGAAAUUCCAGUUGGAUCGUGUGCACCUGCAGGAGGUGAAGCGCUCCAGUUAUGAGCAUACUAAGAAAUGUGCUGACCAGCUUCUUCUGCUUGGCCAGACGGACCGCGCUGUUCAAUUAUUGUUGGAGACGAGUGCAGACAACCCCAGCUACUACUGUGAUUCACUCAAGGCGUGCUUGGUGACCACAAUCACCUCAUCUGGUCCUUCCCAGUCUACCAUCAAACUUGUGGCCACUAACAUGAUCGCCAAUGGCAAGCUAGCUGAGGGGGUGCAGCUGCUGUGUUUGAUUGACAAGGCUGCGGAUGCUUGCCGCUACCUGCAGACCUACGGGGAAUGGAAUCGUGCCGCCUGGCUGGCUAAGGUGCGUCUCAGCCCAGCAGAGAGUUCAGACGUGCUGAAGCGAUGGGCAGAGCAUCUGUGCUCCCCUCAGGUCAAUCAGAAGUCUAAAGCCAUUCUGGUGCUGCUAUCCUUGGGCUGCUUUUACAAAGUAGGAGAGAUGCUGCACAGCAUGAGGCACUUCGACAGCGCCGCCCUCUUUAUCGAAGCCUGUCUGAAAUACGGGGUCAUGGAGGUCAACGACUCGUCUAAUAAACUCAUCGAGGCUACGUUUUUGGAGUACGCACGGCUGCUGCGCUCGCUUGGCCUACGAGAAGGAGCGGCUCUCUGGGCAUCGCGGGCAGGCACCGCGGGGGAGCAGCUGAUGGAAGAGUUGUUCAAGGGGGACGGAGGAGGGCCAGAAGUCACACUUAAUGAUGAUGAAGCCAAGCUGGCGACUGACGCAUGAGGAUGGACGGAUUACGUUCGGAAAAUAAACCUUUUUUCCGUGGAACUGUGAUCAUCUGCAUCAUUAGAAGACAGAAGAGUUUCCAUUUUGUCAUUUAUUGCUUGUUUCGGUCUACCCGCAUCUGUGGCUGGGGCAGGAUUGACAUUUCGUAAUGUUUGUUUUUUGUAAUGGUGCAAACAUUGUUGUUUGUGGGCAGCUGUGUUUGCAUGCUGCUGCCUUUAAAGAUUAUAUGUUAUUUUCCCAAAAGGUAAAGUAAUGCACAUUAUUGUUCACAGUGACGUCUGACUAUAGAAUUUAACUCAUUUAUUAUAGUGGUUAUUGCGUGUGCGUGUGUUAAUUAGUGUAGCAAAAAUUGCUGUUCUGCUGCUGUGAUGAAACGUAUGAGUUAGUUGCACCCUCCAAUAUUUUCAUUUUGAGUAUGCACUCUCUUAAGGAAAUAUUACUCCCACUGUUAGCUCAUUCCACCAAAAUAUUGCACUUUCUGAUUGAACCUAAAUGAGAAUAAUAACUUGCAAGAGCUGAGAGUGUCAGUGUUGCGCUGCAAAAGAAGGCUUGAAAUUAACGACCAAACGUGCAUAAUCCAUUCCUAUUUGAAACUUACAUGUAAAGCCUGAAAUUAUUCAUAGUCGGGUCAUUUUUGUUGGUUUUGAUUGCUGAAUUUGUUGAAUAACUAUCUUUUAGUUGAAAAUGCAUGAGACAAAAUAAAUAAAUUUUCAGUA